UUGAGGGGAAUAAUUAAAAGAGUACAAAAAAUAGAUGAUUACACUGGGAUUGGCAGUGACAGAAUAAACAGAAGAGGAGGAAAUGGAGUUUAACAGAUGGAUGGUUAGAGAUGCAGUCAUUGGUAUACAGAGGAAAGUGCAGCAGGAUACAGCCUAUUCACAAAUAGAACAAUCACCAGCUUCAGGUUUUACAAGAAGCCAAAAGUUAAAGAGAUUAAAAACAAACAAUAACAUUUGAUCUACUUUCCAACACUUGGCCUAGAGGGCAGGAUGUGACCCCUUAACCUCUACAGGAGCUAGCCCACCACCAUUAAAAUAUUAAAAAGCGCAUAUACGAAUCCAUUGCACAACAAAUCCAGCUAUUUCAAUUACAAAGCCCAGGAACCAUAUAAAAAUCCAUCCACUCAGCAGAACUGGUUGUCAGCCGUCCCAAUACUGAUGCUGUGUCACUUUGCUUCUGGAUAAACUGAACCUCCUUUCUAGCGACUGGCUUCAAUUUCUUUAUUUCAGCUAAGGAGAUAUUUCUGUUCGUUUUCCCAGCUGGAAGGACGAGCCUGGAAUUUAAUUCCCUUCAAUUUGGGGACUACAAAGGGACCUCCAGCUAAUCUGAUUGAUGGACCAGAUCAGGGAUUCAAGAAGCAUCCUUAAAAUAAUCCUUUGGGAGAGGCAUUGUAUGAGUUUUCAGGACAAACCAGACCCUGCAUAAGAUCAGGGGUCUCCAACCUUAGUAACUUAGAUUGUGGACUUCAACUCCCAGAGUUCCUCAUUCAGCAAAGCAGGAAGUCAAAGCAGGCUGUAAUCAGUAGCUGAAGAAAAACACAUGCUGUGCCCGAAAGGAGCAGUAAUUAUAGAUCGGAUAUAAUCCAUCAUAAUUGACAUGAAUAGCACUGUGAAAGGAGUUCUUUACAAUGCAUUGAGUGCACUUCUUAUGAAACAAUUUAAAGAAUUUAAAUGGUGGUUAAAUUCUAUUGAUUAUAAUGGAAGACCAAACAUUCCUAAAGCUUCACUGGAGAAAGCGGAUGCACCAGACGUUAUAGAUCUCCUGAUUCAAUAUUAUGGAGAAGAUGCUCUAGAGGUGUGCAUUCAUGUCCUUCAAAAAUGCAACAGAAAUGAUCUUGCAAAAAACCUUGAAGAAACUGGACAGAAAGUUGCAGGUGCUGAUGCUGACCAACUUUCAGAUUUAUCAGAUUACAGAAACUACAUUAAAAAAAAAUUUGAAACAAUGAAAGAUCCUAACGCUGUUCCUGGGGAAUAUGUGUCCCUGAACAAGAGAUACUCAAAGCUAAUGAUCCUAGAUUAUCACACAUCUAAAGAGGAGAAAGAAGAUGAAAUUCUGGCUAUGGGAAGGAAACAUCGUGAAAUCAUCAGCAAAAGAGCUGAGUCUUCCACCAGCAUCGAAGCAUUAUUUAACCCUGAUAAAUAUGGAUUAAUUCCACAAGUUGUUGUGUUACAGGGAGCUGCAGGAAUUGGAAAAACCAUAACGGCCAAAAAAAUCAUGUUUGACUGGGCUUCUCAACUACUUUACCAGGACAAAUUUAAUUAUGCUUUCUAUAUUUGCUGUAGAAAGAUGAAUCUCCAUGCAGAGUCAGAGAUGCAUAGUAUUGCAGAGAUAAUUUCAGGUGAAUGGCUCAAGUGUCACGAAUCCAAAAAUGUCAUUCGAAACAUACUGAAGAAUGAAGAGAAGCUUCUGUUCAUAAUUGAUGGGUUUGAUGAAUUAAAGUUUUCUUUUGAUCAGCCUGAAAACUACUUUUGCAAUGAUCCCUGGAAGAAGGAGCCAGUGAGAAUUCUUUUGAGGAGUUUAUUUCAAAAAAAGCUUCUUCCUAAAUCCUCUCUUAUAAUCACAACAAGACCUACUGCCCUGGAAAAACUCCAUCAAUAUUUAGAGCACUCACGCAAUUUUGAGAUACUGGGGUUUUCUACAAAGGAAAGAGAAGAAUAUUUCUACAAUUUUUUUGAAAAUAAAGACCAAGCAAUUCAAGCUUUCAGAUUUGUGAAACAAAAUGAUAUGCUUUUCACCAUGUGUGUCAUUCCCCUUGUGAGCUGGAUCAUCUGCACAGUGAUGAAACAGGAGAUGGAGAGAGGCAAGGAUCUGCAGAAGACACCAUGCACCCUCACUGCAAUCUACAUACUGUAUUUCUCUAGUUUGUUAAAGUUUCACCAUAAAGGAUCCAAACAGGAUGUCCAAUCAAAUGUGAAAGGUUUCUGCACUUUGGCUAAAGAAGGAGUCUGGAAACAGAAAAUAUUGUUUACGGAAGAAGAAGUCAAGAAGCACAUUUUAGAUCAGGGAAACUCCCUCCCCCUUUUUCUGAAUCAGAGCAUCUUCAAAGAGGACAUUGAUUGUAUUCACAUGUACAGUUUCAUUCACUUAAGCUUCCAGGAGUUUUUUGCUGCUUUGUUUUAUGUUCUAGAAGAAGGAGAGGAGCAGCAUUCUCAAAACCGGAAUAAAAAUUUGCAGACAUUAUUAAAAAGCCAUAAAUCUCUUAGGACAGAUUUUGCAGUAGGAUUUCGCUUCCUCUUUGGUUUUUUAAAUGAACAAAAAAGAAUGAGAGAGUUGAAAAAAAAAUUUGGAUGGGAAAUUUCUUCUAAGAAUAAAGAAUUUUUGUUAGACUAUGUGAAAUAUAAUAUUAAAGAAAUGAUUUUUAAUUUCCAAUUGCAAAAAGAAUUGUUUAGUUAUUUAUAUGAGACACAAGAUGACAAUUUUAUAAAAAAUGCACUAUGUGGUAUCACUGAAUUAGAUUAUCAGUGCAACUCAGAUAUGGAAUUGAUGAUCCUGGCCUAUUGUGUACAACACUGUCAGAAUUUAGAAUGCUUCUUUGUUGACGGUUCUGCAUUACUAUAUCGUGCAAAGACAGAAUCAUUUCUUCCAGAAAAUGAGGAAUGGCGUUUGGAUGAAGGAUAUAUGGAAGACUUCUUUAAAGCACUGACAAAAUUGAGAAACUUAAGCAUCCUCAGGUAAGAAAGUGCUAGCAUUUUAUUUUAGAUUUAUUGAUAAUGAAACCACUACAUAAUAUUAGAACUUUGCAUAUUAAACUAAAUAUAUUGUU